GAGCCCCUCCCGCGCGCGCUCCCGGCCGGGGGCGGGGUCUCGAGCGCGCUCCCGCUGCCGGGCUCCGCUCCGGGCCGGGCCGGUCGCCCGUGGCAGAGCCCAGCACCAUGCCCGAGGGGGCCGGCCGGGACCGCACCAAGGCGCCAGGCACCCCAGGCGCCCGCCCGGCCUCGGCCCCCGGGCUGGGGGCGCUGGGGGGGAUGGCGGCAGCCGGGGGCAGCUGCACCUCGGUGGACACGGCCGGCUCGGACGACGGCCCCGGGACGCCGCGCUCCUCCGCCUCCUCGGCCUCGCUGCCCGACGGCCCCCCCGGCCCCGGCCCCGGCCGGGCCCCCAGCGACAUCAGCCUGGACCUCACGCCCCUGGGGCCGCUGGAGGCGGAGCCGGGGCCCCCCCAGCCCCCGCCCCUGCCCCCCGGCCCGGCCCGCGCCCCCCCAUCCCCGCUGCAGCGGGUGGUGCUGGAGAUCGUGGAGACGGAGCAGGCCUACGUGCGCGACCUGCGCAGCAUCGUGGAGGAUUACCUGGGGGGGGUCCUGGAGCGCCCCCACCUGCCCCUGAAGCCCGAGCAGGUCGGCGCCUUGUUCUGCAACAUCGAGGACAUCUACGAGUUCAGCAGUGAACUCCUGGAGGAUCUGGAGAACAGCAGCAGCGCCCGAGCCAUCGCCGAGUGCUUCCUGCAGCGGAGCGACGAGUUCGAGAUCUACACGCUGUACUGCAUGAACUACCCCACGGCGGUGGCGGUGCUGCGGGAGUGCAUGGCGCAGGACGAGCUGGCCGCCUUCUUCCGGCAGCGCCAGGCGGCGCGGGGCCACGGGCUGCCCCUCGAGGCCGACCUGCUCAAGCCCGUGCAGCGCAUCCUCAAGUACCACCUGCUGCUCCAGGAGCUGGCCAAGCAGUGCGGGCGCGACGGCGCGGGGGCGGCCGAGGUCGAGGCCGCCAGCGCCACCAUGACGGCCGUGGCCUGGUGCAUCAACGACACCAAGCGGCGCCAGGAGCAGGCCGCCCGCCUCCAGGAGCUGCAGGGGCUGCUGCGGGGGUGGCAGGGCCCGGAGCUGGGGGCCUUCGGGGAGCUGGUGCUGGAGGGGCGCUUCCGGGCGCGGGGGGGCCGGGGGGGCCGGGGCCGGGAUCGGGCCCUUUUCCUCUUCCGCACGGUGCUGCUCGUGGCCAAGCCGCGGCCCCCGGCCUUCCACUACAAGAGCCACAGCUUCUGCUGCAACCUGGCGCUGUCCGAGACCCCCAAGGACCCGCUCGGCUUCACCCUCUGGGACCUCACGAUCCCCAAGCAGCAGCUCGUCCUGCAGGCCAGGAACCAGGAGGAGAAGCGCCUGUGGAUCCACUACCUGCAGCGCCUCAUCGUGGAAAACCACCCGGCCUCCAUCCCCCAGAAGGCCAAGCAGGUGCUGCUGGAGAACAGCUUCCAGGGCUCCCCCGCACUGCCCUGGAGCCCCGCGUCCCCCCCCCGGCUGGAGGAGCCCUGGAGCUGCCCACGGGGCCGGCGCCAGUCAGAGCCACCGCCGCUCAUGUGCAGCCCCGAGCGCGCUCGCCGUAGCUGCUCCAGCUUGGACCCCGGCACUCACGGCCGCCACGGGCGCCGCCAGUCUGAGCCGGCUACGGAGAGGAGCCCCCCGGGGCAAGAGCCCGGCGCGCUGCUCAAGGCCGGCAGCGAGGGGGAGCUGUGCCCGGGGCUGGAGCCGGAGCCGGAGCCGCCCCCCCUGGGGCUGCCCCCCGAGCCCCUCUCCAUCACCGACGAGAUCCUGGAGCUGCUGAGCCGCCGGGGGCUGGGAGCCGGGACGCCCCCCCCGGAGCAGGCCUGGCCGCCCGCCGGGGACCCCCAGGGGGCGCUGGAGGAGAGCGAGGACCCCCCCUCCCCCUGCAGCUGCCCUCCAUCCCCCCCUGCCCCAGGGGGUGGGGCUUGUCCACUCAAGCCCCGCCCCCUGGAGCCUGCCAGGGGGCAUGGCACAGGGACCUUGAGGGACCAGAGCCCAGAGGAUGCUGGGAAGGGCCGGAGCCGAUUGACAUCGCUAGACCGGAGCCCAGAGGAUGCUGGGAAGGGGUGUGGCCAAGGGACAUCUCCAGACCAGAGCCAAGAGGAUGCUGGGAAGGGCCGGAGCCGAUUGACAUCGCUAGACCGGAGCCAAGAGGAUGCUGGGAAGGGGCGUGGCCAAGGGAUAUCUCCAGACCAGAGCCCAGAGGAUGCUGGGAAAGGGCGUGGCCAAGGGAUAUCUCCAGACCAGAGCCCAGAGGAUGCUGGGAAAGGGCGUGGCCAAAGGAUAUCUCCAGGCCAGAGCCCAGAGGAUGCUGGGAAGGAGUGUGGCCAAGGGACAGCGCCAGACCAGAGCCCAGGGGAUGCUGGGAAGGGGUGUGGCCAGCCCUUGGCCCCACCCCCGCCAGAGCCUGAGUUCCAGUCCUGGGCCGAGAUCCGCCGGGCCUGGCAGGAGAAGGAGCGGGGGCUGGGGGCUGCUGGGGCUCCGCCCCCAAUUCGGCGGGGGCGGGUCCGGGGGCAGGGCCCAAGGCCAGACCCUGCCCCCUGGGCGGAGCCCCUGCGCAUCGUGGAGGACUCGGACACCGCUGGGGGGCCGUGGGCUGAGGGGCCGCCCCUGGCACUGCUCCCGCCCCUGGCGCGCAGCAACGUGCAGCUCCUGGCGCAGCUCUACAGCGAGCGGAUUGGACGGCUGCGCAUGCCUGCCCGGCCCCCCCGGCCCUCCCUGGCCCCCCGCACCGUGCCGCUGCCCACCACCGCUGCCGAGAUGGAGAUGGAGAGGGAGAGGGAGACGGAGCUGCCCAGAGCCCCUGCCUGCGAGCCGCGGCUCUACGGACACGUGCUGGUGCGGGACCCCCCACGCCACGUGUGCUGUGUGCAGGAGACAGUGCCACGCCUCAGCGCCGCCCGGGGCUGCACCCGCGACCUCCAUGCCACCCGGCCCCCGCCCCUCCGCCCGCCCGCACGCCUGGUUCCCACCGCUGCCAUCACCCGGGAGUCUCCAGGCCCAGAGGACGGGACACAGAUGUACAGCACCGUGCACCCGGCUCCGUUGGAACCUGCGGAGGGCACCUCACUCCCACGUGGACGCCUGGGUCCCGCAGCCGAGGACCCGCCAGAGACUGCCACCCGCAGCCCCGCCAUGCCGCCAGGCCCGGAGGAGAUGACACAGACGUACAGCGCCAUGCGCGCAGCCUCGCCAGGGGUUGAAGGGAGCACCCUUGUGCCUGUCGCCACCCCCGUGCCUGUUGCCACCCUGCUCCCGCCUGCGGCCGAGGACCCCCCAGAGAUAGGGGCUGCCUGCAGCCCCCUGGAAUCCCCUGGCCCAGAGGAGGAGACAUCCAGCACCGUGCACACGGCCCCACUGGGGACAGAGGGGGGCACCCUGGUGCCCAUCGACCCCCUCCUCCCACCCGGACUCCUGCAUCCCAUGGAGGAGCCCCCAGCGGAGACGGCUGUCCCCCAGGACCCACCGGGCCCGGAAGAGGAGACGCCGCUGUGCAGGGCCGUGCACCCAGCCCUGCCAGGGGCUGAGGGGAGCACCCCGGUGCCCCUCGCCCACCCUGGCAGCCCAGAUCAGGGCCCGCCCCUGGCCCCCCGGCGCCCCUCGGCACUGUCCCGAUACCUCGCUGCCUCCUGCAUCAGCCAGAGCCUGGCCAAGCGGCCUGGGGGGGGCGGCACCCCCAGCCCCACUCUGCCCCGCGCCAGCUACGCCACCACCGUCAACAUCCAGCUGGGGGGUGGCGGGCGCGUUGCCGGCUUCCGCACAGCCCAGGUCAGCCUCACCCCUCCCCCGUUAGCCCCCCCCAGCGCCCGUCGCCUGGGCGCCUGCCAGGGGCCCCCCAAGACGUGACCUCCCUGCCCCACCCUGUAGGGGCACCAGGACCAAAGGGAAGGCCGGGGAGGGGAGGGGUUAACAGGCCCUGGGGGGGGAUAAGGGGGGCAGAUCCCACUUGGGGUUGAAGAGUGGGGUGGGGUAUUGUGCAGAUGGCUGUAGGGAUCCCAUGGCUUCCACCAAUUGCUGAGGAGCAGUGUCAAUUUACACCUGGGUGUGGAUUUGGCCCCCCAGGAGCCAACUGCAGGGGAUCCCACUUCUAGAACCAUAUGCAGUGGUGCCAGUUUACACCUGGCUGUGGGGUUGCCCCCCUGCAUGCCAACUGGGGUGGGGGAGGAGGGAGGCCCCCUGCUAACACUAGUUAUCCUGGUGUGAUAACUGUUUACACUAUCGGUGCCUGUAGAUUUGGCCCUGGGGGUACUUGUGGGGGUCCCACCCUACAACCACCUGCCGUGGUGCGGUGCCAGUUUAUGCCCAUCUGUGGAGUUGCCAAGUGCAAGGGGGGGAAUCCUACUGCUAACACCAUCAAUGCCACUGCUGCAAUGCUAGUUUACACCUCUGCUCCCAUGGAUUUGGCCCUGGGGAGGUCAGUGGGGUUCCCACAGUUGACACCAAUUCUACUGAUGUGACAUCGGUUUAUGCCCCAGUGUGCAGUGGGGCCCCUGGGUGCCAAAAGAAGGGAUCCUAAUAGUGCCACCAGCUCUACUGGUGCAACGUCAAUUGACACCAUGGGUACGAUGCCAAUUUACACCCCUCUGCAGCCUUGGCCCCCUGGGUGCCGGUUGAUGUGGGUCCCAUGGCUCCCACCACUUCUACUGGUGCAGUGCCAACUGACACCCCUCCCCCCUGUGGAUUUGGUCCUGUGGAGGCCGUGGGGAUCCCACGACUGCCACCAGUGCAGUAUACGUCUGCACUGAGUGUUUGGCUCUGUGGGUGCCAAUGGAGCUGCACCGAUUUACACCUCCCAAUGCAGUGACACUGGGGGUCCGGUCCUGGGGGGGGGGGGUGCUGUGCUUCACAGUGCAAUUAGAGCUGAAGGAAUCUUUGCCCCUCCCCCCUUCUGCCUCAGUUUCCUAGGCUCCUGGGGGCCGUAGUGGCUGUGCGGGGGGCACUACCGUAAUUCAUGGACUGAUCUAGCCUCCAAGUGCAAUGGGAGCAGGUUACAACUGUGGGUUGGGCUCUUCUCCCAGGCCUGGGCUGUGUGGUCUAGUGGUGAGCGACGGUGCCAGGACUCCGGGGUUCUUUUCCCAGGCCUGGGUGUUGUGUGGUCUAGCGGUGAGCCACGGUGCCAGGGCGCCUGGGUUGUGGCCGGUGUGUGUGGCCUCGUGGCUACAGCCCGGGGCCGGGACUCCCGGGUUCUUCCAGCCUGAGGAAGAAGGGCGCGUGUUUCGGGGGGGGCGGUGUGGAGCCCAGGCUCCCCGGUUCCUAGCUGCAAGCCCGAGGAAGGGAGCGAGGCCUAGUGGCUGGAGGGUGCUGGGAGCCUGGACUCCUGGGUGCCACAGCUCGAGCUGUCCCCCCCAGCCCCUGCACAGCCCGGCUCCUACCUCCCGCGGCACCUGGGGCUCACGGGCCAGGCGGGUUUGUAGCGGUUUUGGAAAGGGGGAAAACUCCCCCUCACCCGGCCAAUAAAGAGCAGCUGUUUCUGUA